CGCAGCCCGGCCCCGCGGGGAGGCGGCGCUGGCUGCGGGCGGAAAUAUUCAACAUUAAGCAACAUGUCUUCCACCAAACCUCCAAAUGAAAAUGAAACACCCAAAGAGAGAAAACCAGGACUGAGGAGUGUUCAGACAACUAUGCUUUUCCGAGCUGUGAACCCAGAGCUUUUCAUUAAGCCUAACAAACCUGUGAUGGCAUUUGGACUGGUAGCAAUUAGCCUCUGUGUGGCCUACCUUGGUUAUUUGCAUGCAACAGCAGAGAAUAAAAAGGACCUCUAUGAAGCAAUCGACAGUGAGGGGUCCAGAUACAUGAGGAGGAAAACUUCCAAGUGGGAUUGAGAAUGUUACUGAACUCAGAAUAAGGAAUGGAAAGUCUUAAAAUCCCCAGGUACUUCUGUGAGUGUGGCUGGAGGGUGGGUGGGCAUUGUGGCGUUUCCUAGCACAUGUGGUGGUCCCUUGUGAGCCUUUGAGCAAACUGUACAGGCAGGUGUCUUCCUGUUCCAGCACUGAGUCCUUCUCCCAUGAGCUUCCCAGCUGCUUCUGGGCGCCUGACGGCUCCAGACAGUGUCCCACUAACCAGACUCCAGAACAUGUGGUGGGAGGACACAUUCCAGGCUGUGGCCUGUUUCUGCCGUGGACCCUUACUGAUUUUAUGUUGCAGCUUUCCAUUCACUUUCUUGUA